AGAAUUCUCUCCGCACGGAAUGCGAAACUUUUUCCAGGCCAACUCUGUGUCGGUGAGGAUUUUGGUAAAGCAACUGAAAGACCAAUGGCAACCAUGUGGAUUAUAGACCAGGUCAGAGAACAGACAUUAUUCCUUGCAUAUCGAAUUAGAGCCGUGGAUUGUCGUGAACAUUCCUCUGCAAGACUAGCGGCUGGGGGGAACAAUCAACCAUAUCGGCUGAAGUCCGUAGGUGUCGAACCGAAGCUAAGCAGGCUACAGCAGGGCCGUCCCCUCAUGUCGCCGAGCUAGAACCUCUUAGCCGCGUGUGCAGGUGCAUAGACUUUCUUUGCCCCGACAAAGUACCACUACUUUGACCAUUGACUUAGUAUCCAUAGUGGCUGA